CAUGGUUUGUUUAUGUUUGCGUUGCGGACACAGUACCUAUGACGGUACUUGUGUUUACGUCAGGAUAGCUUAUCUAAGGCGGAGGGUGUGCUUGAUCAUAUCCGUGAAGCAUAAAGCUCCUAAGAUAACUGUUGAUUCGUGAACAUUUCGUAAACGAAGGAGAUGCGUAAAUAUUGCCUCAUGCAUUGGAUAUCGGGUUUAUAGGAACGCGUGUAAACGUAAACAAACAGGACCAUGUGGUAUACACGCAGAACAGUUAAGAAAUGCUGCACAUGGUAGCAUAUAGUAUCUGUAAUUUAGGCUGUGCGCGUGGAAUUAGUCGAAGGUCACCAUGUCUAACCACGAGAAGCUUGUCGUUCGGCACAGGACCUCUCAGGACGGGCAGACUUCUGGGUGCGGGCGGCCGGCAUUUCCCAUCAAUGCGGCUGCUCAGAUGUCACUGAACUGCAGCGCCUGUGAGGUCAGUGACGAUGAGGACUUGCCAAGGAUACCCAAGAUUCCAGUACAGAACAUUAUCCUGAGACUGCAACAUCGUGAAAUGUACGCCGCAAAGCAAAACGUGUCACCGUUGCAUGUCUCCCGGCAUCUCCACCAAAACGCUUGCCCGAACUUCACGGUCGUCAACGUGGAAAAGCCGCCGUGCUUCUUGCGAAAGUUUUCGCCCGAUGGCAAGCAUCUCGUGGCUUUUUCGUCGGACCAGACCUCAAUCGAGAUUUACUGGUACCGGGGGCCCUGCGCGGCUGCUCAUCUCUUGCGGGGAUUCAGUGGAGACCACUUGGGAUCGGGAGCCGAGUCCGCUCAAGUGCGGAGCACUAUUUUCAGCGAGUUUUUCCGGCUUCGUCACAUUGUGAACGUGUCGGGUAACGGCGGUGAGCAGCUAAAUCGCGAGUGUAGCUUGUUUACUGACGACUGCCGUCACGUCAUCGUGGGGUCAGCCAUGUAUGUCCCCGAGGAACCGCACCCGUUCUUCUGGGACAUGCACCGUAACAACGAGUCAGUGUCUCCGAACCCCCGCUCUCCUCUGGAGGACUAUUCGCUGCACCUUGUGGAUAUGGUCACCGGCACCCUCAAAGACAAACGCACAUUCAAGACUGACAAGAUUUUUCUGUCUCACAACCAGGGGCUCUACCUCUACCGAGACACACUGGCAGUUCUCUCAGUGCAGCAUCAGACUGUGCACAUAUUUAAGGUCACAAAGGAAGGUCAAUUCGUCGACGUUCGUACUGUGGGGCGCUUCUGCUACGAGGAUGAUGAGCUGCUGGUAUCAUCGGCAUUCCUGGCAACUGGCCGAAGCGAGCAACGACCAUACUGCGAGCGUACACUCAACUCGCUCAAGCACCGCCUGCUGGUGCAUCUGUAUCGCCAGGCCGAAGCUGAACAGAACCCAACGGCGCUGCGUAAGUUCUAUCAGCACUUUGACCAGCUUUGCGACCUGCGACUGUGGAAGAUGCAGCUGCUGGAUGAACGGCAUCUGCUGCUCAAGUAUGCCAGCGAAGAUGUAGUCUCAUUCCGGCUGUCGGACCCAAACUCCCAGCCGUCCUUCUUUGUGGUUUACAACCUGGUGACCACCGAAGUGCUGGCUGUUUAUGAGAACACCUCUGAGGAGCUGCUGGAGCUGCUUGAGAACUUCAGUGACCUGCUGCGCAAUGCAGCACUCCACUCGGAUGCCCAGCUCACUUGCUCUCCGUCUAACAACAUUCAUGCACGGCUGGUACAGCAGAGGUUCAAGCAGACCAUUGUGAAUGCCCGUUAUGGGGGCCAGACAGAGGCAGUCAAGCGUCUAUUGGCACAGCUGCCCAUCAGCUCGCAGUCAUACAGCAACAGUCCCUACCUAGACCUGGCUCUUUUCAGUUACGAUGACAAGUGGGUGUCAGUGCUGGAGAGGCCCAAGGCCUGUGGAGACUAUCCCAUCCGUUUCUACGCACGCGACUCUGGCCUCCUGAAGUUCAAGAUCUACGCAGGCUUGCAAGGGCGCAAUGCACCACCGGCAGCACGACGGCUGGUCGCCUUCACCUUCCACCCAUACGACCCGUUUGCCAUCAGUGUACAACGAACCAAUGCUGAGUACGUAGUCAAUUUCCACAUCCACAAUUCUGACACACCUUUUACCUCUUGAGGAAUGUUGGCAGUUAGCUGCCGAGAAUGAUUGAUCGUGGCACAAAAGUCUGUCAAGGACAAAAUUUCUGGACCAAAUUUGUUGGAAUCUAGAUGUGUCCAUGAUUUAGGUUUCUGUUGCAGCGCCUGUGGUCUCCAAACUCUUGUCCAUGUUGUACAAUACUAUAUGCAAUUCCAUUGUGUUCAUUGAUGUGUGCAAAAUUGGUUUGCGAGUACAGUCUGUCUUCUGUGCAUCUGGCCAUAUAGCCUGUGAUAUGGAUUUGCGGAAGUGAACAGAAAACAUGUCUCAGAGGAAAUUUUUAUCAUAAUGCAAGAUAUUACCUAAAGGUGGUUAUAUUCCUCAUGUGAUCCAACUUUUUGAGAAGGCAGCAUUGUUUAGCAGUGUGGAAGUGCAAGAGAUUUAUUUUGCAGUUACCAUAACAUUUAACAGAAGCACAUUUGUCACGACUGCAUAGAUAAAAAAAAAAAAACAUUACGCCGAGUGCUGUUCACUUGGGUACUGUCAGCAUAAAUUAAAAUGCAAACAAGUAAAAAAAUGACUCGAGUGUAUAUUGUUUCCCAGUUUGCCUGGGCAAACCUAAAAGAUUCGCGGUAAUCAUUGAUUAACUGCUAAGUUAUGUAAUAGUUUUAGGGAGCAUGUUGCAGUGCGGAAUUGAAGCUGAUCAGGGCUCAAGGUUCACACACUUGGAGGGCCUCCGUUGGGGUAAAAUGCAUUGGAAUGGCAAUUACUUUUUUUCCCCCAGAAAGUUUUUGUUAUGGUACUGUUAAACAGAUCUGUUUGCAAGAGUGCAUUUUGUGGCAGAUUUUCGGGACAUAUCUUGAAACCAGUGGUAGUCUCAGGAUUCCUACUAACUGGACAUUCAGCAUUGACUAGCUUUAUUUGCACCAUUGCAACAUGUGCCCUAACGUAAGAAAUUGUGCCAGGAGGUAGAAAAAGUAUAACUUGCACAUUUUGCUUGAUCAAAGAGAUCAUCAUAAUUAGUGCAAAUCUCUGCUGUACUCCUGCACACACAAUUUGUCGUCUUAAAGAUUACCUCUUUAUCUCUACAGAUUUGUUUUUAAGAUCUAAAGCCUUACGAAACGUCCGGUGUAACAUAACAAAUAAUUAAUGCUUUAAUAAAAGGUAGGCAAAGAAAGUUGCAGCAGCUACUCAGAAAUGUUGCAGUUUGGCACACAUGUGAGGUCCAUUUGAUUCGCCCUGCACCGUGCGAACUAGUCAUAUCAGUUUAGGGUCAGUUCUGUGGUCGUGCAAAACCGGCUUGGCACCUCCUGCUUAAGCCCUGCACUACAUGUCCCACGAGUCCAGGGAAUGCUGCGAACUCGUUCUGCAUGAAGCCCACACUAGCUGUAGCAGGAAGUGCAGGCAAACUGAAAGGACCUCUAGUGGUUGGCUGCAUUUGCAAUUUUUCCUCUUUCCACAUUGGCUGAUUACAGCUGUUCUGGAAGCUUCGUGUUCAAGCUUGACGAUCUUAAACCGUUGAAUGGUUACUCGCAAGGAUUAUUCAUGCCUGAAUUUGUCUCUAUAUACUGUAUUGUCGCAUUGUAGCGACAAUGAAGAACACAGUAGCAAACCUAUGAAUCGCGAAACUAACUUUUUGUUGGGAGAACCUGUGCCCGAAAAAACAAGUGGCCUCAAAGCACACUGAUAGCGCCUAGCACAGUUGGUGAUUGAUGAAAUCUGAUCAGCAGGUCAAGCACAUCGGCUUUUAUACGACUCGUCGAACAUUCCAGCAUAAUCACAGGUGCCCGCACGCCCUCCGAAAAGUACUACACAAUUCAUGUCGUGGAUAAAAAUCUGAUUACACAAAGUUCAGCGAGAACAUACACAACAGAUAGAAUCAAUAAUAACAUUCAAGUAAGUUGCAAAUCAAGCAGGUACUUCUUACGCUGAGUGAUAAUUUCAAGUUGUGAGCAGGAGAAAUGCAGUUCCCAGAAAGAGGUUAAAUAAGUACACAUGGCAAUGCCCCCUUCUUGAAAAUCAUCCCGAUGCAACAAACACGAGAACAAAAACUAAAACACAUGUAUAAAGAAAAAUAACAAACAGAAAGAAACAAUGUCCCAGAGUUAGUUAUCGCUCGUCGAAAGGCUUGUCAAUACUGAGGCUGGGCAGGCAUGUCCAAUCAUGUUUUUCACUAUGAAUUGAGAUUUCUAGGCUGCUUGCAAAUGUUGCUGCAUCUUUUCUCUAGUCACAGGAUUCCAUGCAUGAUCAUACAAACUCUAAAUGUGUAACCAUACAUUGUUUGCUCUUGUGCUCUGUCCACGGAUUUGUAUGAAGCCUAUAACGCCUGUUUGCUCUUGUGCUCUGUCCAUGGAUUUGUAUGAAGCCUAUAACGUCUGUUUGCGGUAUUCUGGACUGUGUGUACAGUACUUACAUGAGGUGCACUGUCGUCCAUUCACCAUUGAAGACAAGCCAAAUUUUGAAACCUUGCUGUGCAUGUUAUUUACAUUUGUAGCCUGUGGCACUUGCAAAAUGUAGUACACUGUAAAUUGUGGGCAUGUACAGUGAUUGUAAUGCAUUGAAAUGUUCAAUAGAUCUGGAAGCCUUUGUGGGAUGCAACAAAGGGCAUCUCUCCAUGCUACAAUUAUUGCAACAUUUACUUUACAUAUGACGCAUGUAAAGUAAUUGGGGGCUUUUUAUUGCUUUCCAGUGUGUUUGUUUUCUGUUAACAUUCUGCAAACACUCCAGUGAAAAAAUGGGGUUUACGGUAUCGUAGCAACCAAGUUCACUUUGUUGUGUUGGCCGCUGAAUGAAAGCCUCUUGGAUCAUGCUACAUAGCGAGUUCUUGUGUACAUUUUGAUUUGAGUGCACUGUGUCCUUGUGUCACAAAUUUCUAUGAUUGACUUUCUAUGAUUGAUUUCUAUGAAAUGUGUACAUGAAUCAUGUAUGAAUGGCUGGUGGACUUAUGAUUGUUUUGUGAGCAGAUGUACUCAAAUUAUGUUGCAUGUGUGGAUCUUUUUUAAACAUUGUAAUGAUGCCACAGUUCUGGUUUGUGUCGUUCCAUGUACAAAUCUGUUAGCUUUUUCAUGUCACAUUGCAAAUGCUCAUGGAUUAACUUAUGCGGGUCUGUGGGAAGUGUGCAUUACCUCAUCACUUCUCUGAACAGUUGCACAAUACAUCUUGAAAUAAAUAGCAUGAACAGACAGAGACAGAAAACAGUAGGAAAUAAGAGGCAGACAGUUUUUAGUCGUCACUUAGUUCCUGUUUGUGCCAUAGUUGUUCCACUAAGACAUUAGACUUGCUAAAUGGUCGUUGUACAGUUACUCCACAGUUCCGCUACACUUUCUUUGCAUUUGGAAUGCAUGACCUUUCUGUACUUGUUAUGCAUGUCAUGACCAAGACCUGCUAAGAGGAAUAUUCGUGCAAAAAGAAAAUUCCUGAACUUGGGUGCAGUGGCGAAAAUACUAAGCCACGUAGUCAUGAAAAUCCUUGUUUUCAACAUGUACGAGCAGUAGAUGCGACAGGACGCACCCCUUUUGCCCACGUCCGCAACACGUCAUACAUUUACUACUCAUAAUUGAUCACCAACAAGCCCGGAUUGUCACCUUAGUUAAAGUGUUUAGCAAGUUUUGCACACGGAGGAUUUGCUGCAACAAACUUUAGAAAGCAUUAGGCAUGGUAUGUGCGCAUCUGGGGACCUUUUUUUUUGUUUGUGUGUGGACGAAGGCAUGACACUUAUGGAGCACUAAAGAUAAAAAUAAUUUGAGCUGUGUUAGGAAAUUACCCCUCUACAAUAUAAAAAAGAAGCGUUUUUACUGUGAGGAGAGGCUAGUGUUAAGCCAGAAAAGACUGAUGGCGCUGCCGCAUUGAAGCCCCUUUACCAGCUUGCUGCAACAUCACAGAUUUUGAUGGCGUCUGCUCAGGCCUAGUUCAUUGCGUAUUGUUAAGGAUGAAUUACACUGUGUUCUAAAGGAGCCAGAGCAGCCCAAAUGUGGAAAAAUACUUUGAAAUCCACACUGUCAGACUGACUUACUGGCGCUGGGGUUUCACUGCGAAAUUAAAAAAUGUAACUUUGACCUUCAUGAUUUUUUUCUAAAUAUCAAGCUACUACCGUGCAAUUAACAAAAAUACAUUUGCGAAGGAAGAGCACAGAAGAACGGGACAAAAUAUAUGACUGACAGCGACACGAGCGCUCAUGCCUGUCAUCUCCCUUGGCCUAUUCUUAAGUGCUAUUCCUUCGCAUACGUACCAACCAGUCCAAGUUAGCACACUGUUGACAAAAGCACAGCUUGAAAAGAAUACUUUAUCAGUCUAAACUAAUUUAGGGUUUCUGUUUAGCGUCCCUUUAAAGUCAUAAUCAUUGCAGAUAUGUCUGGCAGACAGCCUGAACCACUUGUAAUACACGAUAGGCUCGGGAUUUGUUAGCUGUGGCUUCUCCUGAGCUAGCUGGUUCCUGACUAUCAUAUCGUGUAGUCUAGUCUAGAUGCUGAAUGUAGGAAACACAGUAUAUGACCAAUUAACAACUGGCAUAUUUAUUUGAAAGCAGAGGGCACAUUUUACAGAGGAUACGUCAUUUUGUUUGAAUGUUUAAUUUUCCAUCAUGUUUACAUGUGUCACCUACUUCAGGUAAAGUUUGUUAGCCAGCCAUUUGUGUUCCUUGCUAUGUACUACGUCUCUUGCAUAGGCUUUCCACUACAUCAAUGAAUAUAUUUGAUUUUCCAAAUGCCAGAAAAGCAUUUAUUGAAAGAUACAAGCAUGAACUGGUGAAAGGGAGAAUGCCACAUUAUUAAAUCCUGCACUGUUACAGUACAACCUAGCCAUUUUGCCAAGUUUCAGUGCUUAGGUAGUGUUGACACUGAGCAACAUGUGCUGUUGAUUUGUGUGCGACAUUAGUUGCCUGCCUCCUUUACCAGUAAGGAAAAUUUAGAACACUGUAGUGAUUUACGAACAGCAUCGAUUGCUCAGCCUUUGGUUCUCUAAAGCGACCUAGUCCCUCCUUACCAUAUUCUUGCACCUCAACCACCUGAACCCCCAGUUACAACAUCUGUGCGUUGCACAGAUCACAUCUGUGCAACGCACAGAUGUGAUCACAUACAGUAGCACUCAAUUUUUUUUAAAGCAAGCAUGCGCAAUUAUUGGCACUAAACAAAGUUCAAGCUACAAUUUGAUUUUACACGUUCAUUUGUCCUAUCGCAGCUUUCACUGGCCUUGCCUAUUGAUGUGUGGCUUCAUGGCAAGGCAAAGCCGCACCUAAGGAAAGAAAUUUUGUGUGUAGUCAACAUUCCCAAUUUGCAUUUCAAAUAUUUCGAAUUUGGUAGCGGAUUGGUGCGUGUUGCAAAUGCAAACAUAACGGUAUGUCUUGUGGCCCACAUAUUGCAUUUUGUUGAACCAGCACAUUGGUGCUCCAUAUAAAAACUUGCACUGAUUAGGACGAAACUCUAAGGCCUGAUCGUUCCUUUGUGCCAUUUCUUGUUAUAUCUAUUAUGUGCAUUGGACGAAAGUGACCAGUAGGCUUACCUUGAUGAUGCCUCUUCAUUAAAUAAAUAUUUCAGUUGUUGGAACAACAAAAACAGCUUUUA